GUGCAUCUGCUGAUCAGGUCCCACACUUUCCUUCCUCCUCAAACUGUCCUCACAGCAGCUCCUAUAACCGCUCUGAGAGUCGGGCGCAGGAAGACCCCCCUCCCUACGCCGGACCCUGCUGAAACCUCCUGCUGAGACAACAUACGCCACAAUGCUGUUAUAUUAUACCACACAGGUGAUGCCAUCUGGGAAUGUACGGAACAGAGAUCACAGGGAAGAAAACUCAAUUUCUGAAGGUCCAGUCCACCAGCAGACGACAGACAGUGAAGACGACCUUGUUCUGCCCAAGAAACAGUCCAACCCAAUGCUGGAGUCGCCCAGCCACAGAGGCCUGCACCGAGAGCUGCUGCUCAGCCACAGAUGGGGUCUGCUGCCUAGUGAGAAGUCGGAGCUGAAGAAGGUGAUGGAACAGAGGAGGCUGGAGCAGCACAGAGAGAGAGAGCAAGCUCUGCAGGCCCUCACAGACCUCCAGCAGGAGCUGCACAAGAGACGACAAAGACUGAUGGCAUAUGAACGAGAAGAGCAGAAAAGGCAGGAAGAUCUGAAGAACACACCAGAGUUUGUGCGGGUGAGGGACAACCUGAGACGUGUCCGAGUUCUUGGCAACUAGUGAUAUUUCGCUGCUACUAAAACCAACUGCAACUAUUGUCACUGAUUUUGUACAAUGAUUUCAAUAAAAUUUACUCAUUUGGAA